UAUUGUACGAAGCCUUAGCUCUUGCCAAAACCUCGUGCUCACUUCCGAACGAACCUUCCUAAACUCGCAACGAUGUCCGCCAAAACAGCUGCCAGCUCGGUCCGCCUCUCUGAAUCCCUCAAGGCCCUCAUCGCGGCCCCUCACGCACUCGGAUCGGCCAUCCCCGCUCCCCCACGACCAGCCUUUCAGGGGCUGUUCAACAAGAUCAGCUCGACGGCCGAGAAGAAUGGGGCCAAGAACGAUGUCUGGUUGACCUUGUCCACCGGGGCUCUGGUCACGGUCAAUUCGCCGGCGUCCCUGUGUGAGCUGUAUGAUUUCGCUAGCGAGAAGCGAGGGAAGGAUCUGAAGGAGCAGAUCAGGAUCGCGGCUAUCAUGCGCGAAGUGGGGCUGAAGUGUAUAGGUAAGCCUUGGAGCUCGAGAACAAUUAAUGCCCUCGGAGCUCUACGAGCACAUCUCUCUGAAGACGUCAAAGCGGGAUUGAGCACCGAGUCGCUGAGACAACCUACGGAACAUAACGUCAAUGCGACCCAGAUCAAAGCCAGAUCGUUAUGGGAUGGGAUCUACGAACCCCACGCGUCCAAACUCCUCGCCAAACUCGCUCAAUCCCACCCGGACCUCCCCGUCCACAUCCUGUCGUCGCACUACGGACCCCUCUUCUCGGACCCCGUCGAUAGCUUUCCCGGAGGUCAUUACAAGAUCGGCCGAGUGCUCACUAGCGUGGUCGCCAUAGCCUGUCUUCGAGCUCAACAAGGCGUGGGUCCCCAACUCACCUCGCACGUCUUUGGCUUGAAAAAGGCUCUGCUCGAAGGAGGUGGGGCUGAGGGAGAGGUCGCGGUGGAGGGUCAAGAAUGGUUGACGAGCGAUGAAGGAGUCAAGUGGGCUUUGGAGAGCGUGGAUGGGAUCGCCGAGGUCGUGGUAGGACGGGGAAAGAGCAGUUUCGCCGGUGCUCCUGGUGACGAGGUCAAGGCGAAGCUGUAGACGUUAUUCGUAUGUCCGCAAAUGUAGAUCUUGAUAGUCCACGUCCCCCUGCAGGGUUUGGACCUACGCGUGCAGGUUUGUGAGCGUUCUCGUCUAUUGAAUUUUACGUCAGCAUUGAUCGUCCAACUCAUAUUAUUGAUUUGAGUUGAUGCUGAU